AUGUACGAAGGGAUUGACAACCUGAAAUCCCUUUACAACCGUGCCGGGAAGACUUUCUCCGGCGGUCCUUCUGCGGCACAGGAUGUGCCGCGUCGUACUGCUCAACCAGACCCAGUACGUCGAUCAUCAGUUGGGAGCGGGGCUCCCAAGAAUCCCAGGACGGGGGAUAGCCGCGCCACCGGACGAGAUAACUCGUCCGACGUCCGUUCACGUCGCGGUGGUUCAACAGCUGCUCAACUAGAUAGCGCUGGCCACCGCGAGAGUCCUCUAAUGGAGGUGGAGGAGGAGGAAAGACGCUCUCCACACGAUCAUGUGGAUCGGUGUGUACCCGAGAGCUUCUUUGAUCGCGUAACGCAAGGGUUACGCGACGAUCUCGAACAUGAGCGGAAUAGGCGUCUCCAAAUGGCGGACACUGCCUCGAAGCAUCGAGCUGAGUUUGCCUUUGCUCAGCUUGAGAACGAGAGAUCUCUGACAUCUCUUCGUGACGAGCUAAGGGUAGCUCGUGGGAUUGCUGAUCGGUCUCGGGAUGAGAUAGCUGCUCUUCAGACCCUUGUUGAUGCCCACCAUCGGGAGCACAAGGCUCUCUGCGAGAUGCUUGAGCGCAAGGGCGUUCUUCAUCGGAAGAAGCAGCAUACUGAUGGUACGGCUUAA